GACUCCUUAGAUGACUGGAGGCAAGCAGGAUGGCAGAGGCCAACAGCAGCGUUUUGGAAGGCUUCAUCCUGAUGGGUAUAUCUGACCAUCCCCAGCUGGAGAUAGUCUUUUUCAUAGUCAUUCUCUUCUCUUACUUGCUGACCCUCAUUGGGAAUUCAACCAUUAUCCUGCUUUCCUGCCUGGAUGCCCGGCUCCACACGCCCAUGUAUUUCUUCCUCAGCAACCUCUCCUCCCUGGACCUUGCUUUUACUACUAGCUCAGUCCCCCAAAUGCUGAUGAACCUAUGGGGACCAGAGAAGACUAUUAGCUAUGCUGGCUGUGUGAUCCAGCUCUAUGUUUUCCUCUGGCUAGGGGCCACUGAGGCAUUCCUGCUGGUGGUGAUGGCGUUUGACCGCUUUGUGGCAGUCUGCCGGCCCCUGCACUACACCACCAUCAUGAGCCCUCGGCUCUGCUGGCUGCUGGCUGCCGUUGCGUGGUUGGGCGGCUUGAGCAACUCUGUGAUCCAGUCCACGUUCACUCUGCAGCUCCCGUUAUGUGGGCACCGGAGAGUGGACAACUUCCUGUGUGAGGUGCCUGCCAUGAUCAAACUGGCCUGCGGAGACACAAGUCUCAAUGAGGCGGUGCUCAACGGUGUCUGCACCUUCUUCACUGCUGUCCCACUCAGCCUCAUCCUGGUCUCCUACUGCUACAUAGCUCAGGCGGUGCUGAAGAUCCGCUCAGCUGAGGGACAGAGAAAGGCCUUUAACACCUGCCUUUCCCAUCUGGUGGUGGUGCUCCUGUUCUAUGGGUCUGCCAUCUAUGGGUAUCUCCUUCCAGCCAAGACCAGCAACCAAGACCAGGGCAAAUUCAUUUCCCUCUUCUACUCUGUGGUCACGCCAAUGUCCUACCAGGACAAGCGGGCACUGUGGGAAGCUCCUCGCCAUGCCAUGCUGCCCCUCCAUCCCGGCAGCAGCAGCUCGGCGACAACUCUGUUUAGUGUAUAA